UUCAUCCUUCACCUUUUUGCACAACAAAAUCUCGCAUUCCUUCUUCACCGCCUCUUUCGUUUCCAAAUCUGUUCGUCGAUGGAGAGAGAAUCGGAUACUAAAUCCCUCUUAGUCUCAGAGAUUUGCUCCAUUUCAGUAACACCUGUGAUUGCUUGCGCUCACAGGAGUAGAAGCCAGCUGCCGGCGAGGUCGAGUUUCGUCGACUGGUAUCGUGUUCUUAGAGUGGAAGAAGAUGCAGGGAUUGAUGUCAUACGAAAGCAGUAUCAUAAACUUGCUUUACAGCUCCAUCCGGAUAAGAACAAGCAUCCGAAGGCUGAGGUUGCCUUCAAGCUUGUUUCAGAGGCCUACAAAUGUCUAUCUGACGAUGAGAGAAGAACAGCUUUCAAUUUGGAGAGAUGGAAAAACUUCUGCAUUGGAUGCAAUAGAAUCCCAUACGCAACCUCCUGCAACUCUCCCACCAAUUUUCGCGCACCAAAACUUAAACCAACCCGGUCAAGAUCUUGCAGGAUUCCUCUGGAAGGCCUGAAGGACAUGAGAACCAGAUUCAAAGAGGAGGCCAGGGUGAUUCAGAACUGCUUGAAGGCUAAUAACACCUUGUCAAGAAAAGAAUCCCCUCUCUUCGACCCUUCACAGACUGCAUUACAGAGCGAAAAUCGCUACGAGUUGAAUAAAGAAUCGCCAGUCUUUGAUCCCUCCGAUUAUGUAUUUGAAGGGUACCCUCAUAUCAGGAGCCAAAUGUGUAAGAAACCAGAGUGUUUCUGGUACUUGCGGAGGGAAAAUGUAGUGAGACAUGGAGAGGGAAAGGUAGGGAUGGAUGAUAUACCAGUCUUCAGAACGAGAUCUGAUUGGAUAAUGUUCAAAAGCAAAUCUACACGUGCCCGUUCAUGAUUCAUUAUACUCAUACGUAGCAUAUGCUGCCUUUUUUUCCUGAGAUUUUCUUUUCCUGAGCUGUGU